AAACUCAAAAAAUGGAAAGAGAGGGGCAGGCAAACAACAAAAUCAACAGAGAAAUAUUAAAAGCACUAAUACGAAGUUUUAGAGUAAAUAAAGUGAUAAUUUAUGUUCUACGAAUAUUGUGAUAAAUAUUUUAUGUGACGAUUUUUACAAUAAACAUUUUAAAAAUUCAAUUCUGUAAUAAAUUUGUAAACAAUGCAGCGUGCAAAAACAAAGCGCGGGAGCAGCAGCAAGAAGCAGAAAUGGAAAACAGCUGAUUUCGCGCCAAUGCUAGCACAUGCAAGCGUUCAAAGCGGCAGUAGGUGUUUUACUAAAUCCUUAAAUUACCACGAUUUCUUUUAAUUAUGUUAUAGUGCAGUGUAAAUAGUUUAAAUAACAAAUUGAAAUGUUCAACAUGCCUUUAAUACGUUGCAGUCUGCAAAAAGUGCGCUGUGUAUACCAAUUGGUAGCUAAACAAAGCAGAGUUAGUGCAUCUAGACUCCCACCAGUUGCAACGGCAUGUUUUCAUCUGAAUCAUGCAAUUGCUGCUAAAGUUUUUGUUGACAAGGAGAAUAAACAUGCACAUGACGUGCUGGUGCAAUCAUUGAAGCCUUAUCAAAUCUUCCGCUUGGAUACAAUUGCACAACCUGCAAAUGUGACUGAUGCAACAGAAUUGCCUGCACUAGUAACAACUUCGGACCUGUCAAAUGCCACUUUUGAGGAAGUCUUUGAUACAUUCAACGCUUUAGCACAUUAUUGUAUAAAGACAAACACCUGCAUUUCGGACAGUCGUUUUCAGCACUUUUGUGAAUUUUUCUGUGAACAAACGCAUAAACUCAGCGAUGAGCAGUUGUUAACCGCGCUACGACUAUUAUCCCAAUUACCAACAGAGGCUACAGUGCGUGAAUUAAACUUUAUGCAAUUAUGGAAUAAUUUAGAUGUUGAAUGCUGUCGACGCGUUGAGCGCUGGUCCAGUGAUGAGCUACUAUUGGUUUGUGAUGCUUGGUAUACACUGAAUUUGGCGCGUGUAUCUGAAUACGUCUGGGAGGCAUUACGUAAAUUGGGCCGCAAGAUACGACGUAUGCAACCGGAACAAUUGGUGCAAGCAAUGUUCUACUGUAAUGUGCUGCGCCGACCGGUGUUCGAAAUGUUUGAUUUUGAAGUGAAUCUGGCACGUUUUGCCGACACAAUGUCUCUGCAGGAGUUAGGUGUUAUGUCAAUGGGUUUCUUCAAGACACAAACACCUAUACGUAAUCCUGAGUUGCUGGAUCACUUGUUCAAACGUCUAAUAACGGAAAUACAAACAGUGGACGAUAUCACAUUGGUGUCUAUAUUAAAAGUGCUGCGUUAUAGCAGUAAAAUUCCACAAGUCCCACAAAUUAUGGAGCUGAUGGAGGUCUUGCAAACAGAAAUAUCACGCAUAUCACUGAUGAGCUGCUUGCAUGUGGCGCUCUUCGGUGUGGAGCUGCAGUGCUGCCAUGAUGGCGUCUUAGAGUUGGUGCUACAACGCUUCAAUCAGGACAUAGGAAACGCACGCUUAAAAGAUAUGGAACGCAUUUGCUUGGCAAUCUCUGUGUUUAACUAUCGUAGCCCAACCGGUGUUGAGCAAGAGCUGUGUGCUAAAAUUCUAUCCCUACUUGAAACCAAAAUUGAUGAAAUUAUGAAAUAUCCACGUUGCUUCGUCGCUUGCUUACAUUAUUUGACUCUUUGUGGGCAUUAUAAUGAAGAGAUGAUUACAUCUGUGCUAGAUAAACGUUUUGUGGAUCUCGCUUAUGGCAAAAAUGUGACCAUCGGACGUGAAAUCUUUAAUUUAGACUCUUUUGUGAAAAUAAAUUUGAAAGAUUCGAACUAUACGGGCAAUCAGUUGACGGAAAAGAAGCGUCAUUCUAUGGGCAAAUUGUUAACGCAGUAUAUACCGCAGCGCAAUCAAAAAUUCAGAUUAAACAAAACUGACCGCAUACUCUUGGAGAUCAAGGAGACGCUUGAGCGAAUAUUGCGUCCAAAUACAUUAAAACAUAUACUGCCACAUUUCGAACGUCCAGAUCUCGUUGUGUGCUACGAUAACAAGCAGCGUCACGCCAUACCGCUUGCAGCUGACUGUCCGGUGGACUAUAGUGGCGCUAUUUUGACACGGGAUCUGCUUUUGGGGGAUUCGGAGAAAGUUGAUGUGGAUACCCUCGCUAUUGUUAUAGUUGGUUGGAAUAAUGUCGUCAAGGAUAAAGAAAGAUUCACAGGAUUAUUUGAUAUGAAACUGAAGCAAUUGCGGUUGCUUGGGCACAAACCAAUUUUGAUAUAUUGGCACGAGUGGCGCACACUAGAGACCCCCAUGGAUCGUCAACAAUUUUUAAAACGAAAAUUAGCCAAUACAAUAAAUUUGUAACAGUAAAUGUACAAAAACAUCUAUCUACUAAUAAUAAUAGUUAGCCAAAUUAUAUACCUAAG